CGUUUGCGGCUUGAAACGAUUUUCUUUGUUUUGGUUUAAAAAAUAAUAUAUUAUUCAAAUUGAAAAUAAUCCAAAAAUUAUGGAAGGUCUUCAAGUAGUAACUCAAGACUUUGUAAAUGUCCUUAUAACGAAAUCGGACAGUGAGGAUGCGCCUCCGAUUGAGCGCCGAUUUAAAAAAGGAAUUACUAUUCAGGAAUUUAAGACGAAAUUGGAGUUGGUUACCGGAGGUACAGCUGGCACUAUGAAACUGAAAGUAUUUGACAAUAAAAACAACCUCAUAUGUGACAUAGACAACGAUGACGCCCUGCUCGGCUCCUACCCCAUUGAUGACGGCAUGAGAAUACACGUCACCGACAACUUCACCCUGGUCAAAGAUUUUGACUCCGCUGAUGCCGCUGAAAGAUUCCGUUUAUCAGAAGAGGAAUACGAGAAGAAAGAUGACACAUUGAGAGCAUUCCUACAGCGGAACAAGCUGGGCAAGUACAAUGAGGAGGAGAUGAAUAAACUGAAGGAACAACAGCAGAAGGAACUCGAGGAGGAGGCAAAGCUAGCAGCUAGCGUGGUUGUGGGGUCGCGGUGCGCGGUCCGCGUAGGCAACACGGGUACGCGGCGCGCGACGGUGCGCUACAACGGGCCGCUGGAGGGCGCGCGCGGGCUGUGGAUCGGCGUGCAGUACGACGAGCCGCGCGGCAAGAAUGACGGCACUUUCAACGGUAAGCGGUACUUCACGUGUCCGCCGAAGUACGGCGGUUUUGUGAAGCCCGUCUACGUCACGCUGGGUGACUUCCCCGUCGAAGAGGACGACCUAGAUGAUGAGAUAUGAUUCAUCUCCAGUCAUCAAUCAUCACCGCUUAUCACAGUGCUCGCUAGCUGCUAACUAUAUUUUUAGAUAAGUAAGGCAUUUAUUUAUAGCUACGAAAUAACCAUUGCUGUAUAAAAAAAAUUAAAUUAAAGUAGCAAAACAUAAAAUAAAAAGGGCUUUAAAAGCCCCUUCGUGUUGUUUAUAGAUUGGUGAGUCAAUUAGAUGUGUUUUGGCAUUAUUAUAUUAUGAUUUACUUCUGUAUCAGGUUUAGGAGAUUGUUUAAAAAUAAUAAUAGAAAAUGUCGGCUUUGUUUCACAUAAUAUUAUGACAAAAUAUAUUGCUAUGUUUAAACAUAACUGGAUUAUAUUGCUGUACAAUGAAUUAUAAUAAUAUUAUGCCUAAAACAUCCUAGUUUUUACCAACCCUUAUAAAUAGACUGAUUGUAUAAAUCGGAGUUAUCAUUCCACAUUUUGAUACUCGAGUAUAGUUUUAUUA